UCUAAACGUUUAUAACAAGUUUUGAAUAUUUGUUAGAUAUAGAAUUCGAAUUCUAGCUCUUAAGGGGAAAGCGUACCGUAUAAUUCACACGCACUCUGUAAUCGAGAGGAGUACAUUUUUUGAAAUCCCUAAAAGCAAUUUUUCCUUCAAAACAGUGCUCUGCUUAGGUACAACAACAACGAAUAAAGAUGGGAUUGACUUCUAGAUUAGACAAAUUGAAGAUCAUUGGGACAGGUGAGUUGGAUACAGCUUCGAGCAAUGUUCAAAAUUCGCAACAAAAUACGGACGAUAUUGAUGAGGUCGAUAAUGAAGGCCAGUCUAUCCUCAUGGGCAUCAUAGCCCAAUUGAGACCUGGAAUGGAUCUCUCAAAGAUAACUCUUCCAACUUUCAUUUUAGAGAAAAAGUCAAUGCUAGAAAGAAUAACAAACUUCUUCCAAAUUCCUGAUAUUUUGCUUGAAGCAAAUAAAACUGAUGAUGAGUUGGAGAGGUUUAUCCUUAUCUUGAAGUGGUACUUGGCAAGUUGGCAUAUAGCCCCAAAAGCAGUAAAAAAGCCACUAAACCCUGUUUUGGGAGAGAUUUUCACCUGUUAUUGGGAUAAUUUGCCUUACAACAACACUGCUUAUUAUAUUUCUGAGCAAACUUCACAUCAUCCACCGAAAUCUUCUUAUUUUUACUUAGUUCCUGAGCUGAAGAUACGAGUUGAUGGAGUUGUUAUUCCCAAAUCUAAGUUUUUAGGUAAUUCUUCAGCAGCUAUAAUGGAAGGUUGGGGACAUGUUACAUUAGGAGAUCAUAACGAUGAAGUGUAUAUUAUGAACCAACCAAAUGUUUAUUGUAGAGGAAUUUUAUUCGGAAAAAUGAAAAUGGAAUUGGGUGAUCAUAUGUACAUUAAAUGUGCUCUGUCAGGUUUGGAAGCUGAUAUUGAAUUUAAGACAAAAGGUUUUAUCAGUGGAACUUACGAUGCAAUUGAAGGUAAAAUAAAGGAUUCGAAGACUCAAGAAGAAUUGUACAUCAUCAGUGGUAAAUGGAACGAAGAGAUGUACAUAAAGGACGUUAAAACUGGUAAAAAGAAGAUUUUAUUUGAUACAGCCAAAUCUGUAACCAUAAGACCAAAGGUGAGACCAAUUUCAGAACAGUUUGAUUACGAAUCCCAGCGAUUAUGGGGUCCUACAAUCAAAGCUCUAGGAAAAAGAGACCACACAUUAGCAACGGAGGAGAAAUUUAAAGUCGAAAACGAUCAAAGAGAAAGAACUAAAAAGAGACUUGAAGAUGGUGUUGAAUUUCAUCCAAAGUUAUUUAGAAGGGUUAGCGAUGCUGAAACGAGCAUAGCGGAUCUAGUAUACAUCAUAUACAAAACUUUCAAUUUGUCUGAUAGUGCAGAUGUUCUCACGAAAAAUGUUUUAGAAACUGCACCCAUCUUGCCAGGUCAAGAAUUUGAUGAUAAAUUCCACAUUCCUGCUUUUAAGAAGCAUUCAAGUGUUGCAGACAGUAAGUAAAGUUGUUUAUUUUUAUUUCAUUUAUACAAUCUCGAUAUAGAUUAUUUCAUUAUUUUCUUUUAUUUUACUUUUGAUAUUUAGUUUAUAUAUUUGCCCAGUAUGCCAUAUAUUUUAAUUUAAUACUUGUUACUCAGAGAAUUA